AUGUUCCUACGGCUGAUGUCGAGCGUCGUCGCCGCACCAGCGGAAUCGCCGAGCCUCAAGCUGCUCGCGCUUCACGGCUACUCGCAGAAUGGUGCCGUCUUUCGCGAUCGCUCUGGCGGAUUUCGGAAGCCGUUGAAGAAGCUGGGCGCGGAGCUGCUGUACGUGGACGGCCCAUUCGGGUGCACCGCACAGGGUGAGGAUGAGGUAGAGGCAGACGCGGACUUGGAGAAGCGGGCUUGGUGGCGCGGAGGAUCUCGUCAGGAGACAUACGUCGGCUGGCGUGAGUCGCGUGCGGCGCUCUGCUCCACGUGGCAGCGCGAACGGUGCGACGGAGUCCUUGGCUUUUCGCAAGGCGCAGCAGCUGCAGCGAUGCUGUGCGCCGACCUCGAGCCGAUGCCAAAGUUCGCCAUCAUCGUCUCUGGAUUCGUGCCGAGAGACCGUGAUGUAGCCUCAUCCCUGCUCAAGGGCGGGCUGCCUGUCCCGUCCUUCCACCUCUUUGGCAGCACCGACACACUCGUUGAGCCCGAUCGGUCACGGGCCUUGGCAGCGCUCUUCGAGAGCCCGACUGUCGUGGAGCACACUGGAGGCCACAUGGUGCCCUCCUCUGCCCCAGUCCGGGAGCAGCUCGGCGCCUUUCUGCAAUCGCUGGGCCUGGCACGCCCCGCGCGGACAGACACAGAUUAUCGGUGA